GAAGCCGUUCUUGGUCGUUGUCAGCAACCAACGUACACAAUUUACCAACCCGGAAGUGUGGUGUGAGUCUUUGCGGUCAGUCCAGAGGUGGACAGAAGAUCUGUUAUUGAAGAAUGAAGGAUUUAUUAACGGUCUGUUUCUCCUUUAACGUGUGUCCGGUAAACGUGUUCUCCUCACGUUGAUUGUUUCUGUCGGCAUGAAUCUCGGAGACGGUCUGCUGUUUGAACUCGAAAACGGAAAACCCAAGUUGAUCCUGCUCAGUCAUGGUCUUGAGAAGCAUCCAGUAAAGCCCUCCUUCAGGCACCGAGCGGCUAACGUCCUGAGCUCCAGGCAGCCGUCUCUUGUGGAGGAACUGCAGGGAGAGGAGCGUCCGGCCCGGCAGCUCGUAGGGAGGCACAGAGAGAGCAAGAGCAAGGCAGGCGGAGCAAAUGCCCCCAUCACCUCCAGCGCUGUACCCACCGGAGGGAAGAGCUCCACGGGGUGUAACGUGAAAGUUGUGCCAAAGGUGAAGUCAGACAGACACAAACACAUCACAGCAUCUGCUCCCCUGAGAGCCAAUGGGAAAGCAGGACCGCCUCAGAGCCGGGAGACGCCAACAGGUGGGAGGAGGGGACAAAAGGAGAUGCCAGCUCACAGAGAAGCAGGACUGAAGGGCGGUUUGGUGUGUCUGACCAAUGAGCAGCUUCAGAAGAUCCUCAGUUCGGUCCAGACCUCCAGCAGGGGCUCGCAGACAGGAAAACAAACUGGAUCCUCGAUGAAUGACGGAAGAGCAGGGAUGAAGGGGGAAGAAAGAGGAGGAGGAGGGGAAGAGAAACAGAGAGAAGAAGAUGACACACCUGAGAGAUCAGAGGAGAGAGAGAACAGGUUGUCCGGAUGUCUGUUCAGCUGGAUGGAUGAGCGAGAGUCAGAGAGCAGAGCGACUCUGGAUGCUAGGAGGGCUCAGUGGAGGAGAGAGCUCGACGAGCAGGUGGCCCUGAAGCAGCAGAAGCAGACACAGCGUUCGGCCCCCAGCAGACUUCAGGCUGAAGAGGACACAGACAGUUUGUUAUCCGUUCAGAGCUCCUUCAGUCACAGCGAGCAGCCUGCAGCCAUCAGGUCCAGCCUCAGACUCGGGGAGGUGACUCCGAUGGAGGAGAUGCUUAGUGUGGAGAGGAGGGAGGAGCAGAGGAGACGCUGGCUGGAGGAGCUGGACCGACAGAGAGAGGAGACGACUGAACGCAGGAGACGAGAGAAGCUGCUGCAGAGCCAGGUGGAGGACCACGAGCUCUGGGCCGCACACUUUGACUCUCUGCACAGGAAACUCCCUGAUCUCAGGACCACAGCUCCAUCAGCUCCAUCGACUCCAUCAGCUCCGCCUCCAGCCCCGUCUAACAGCUCGGAGCGAGGGGAGUGGGAACCCUCCUCCAGCCUCUCUCUGGUCUGGGAGGCGAUGAGCAGCUGUGGAGCAGAGAGUGUCGGAGGAGCCAGCAUGGACACAACCAGCGGAUACCCCAACAGAGCUAGCCACCUGAGGACCAUGACCGCCCUGCUGGACCCGGCACAGAUAGAGGAGAGAGAGAGGAGGAGGCUGAAACAGCUGGAACAGCAGAGAGAUAUCGAGGCUCAGAUGGGGGAGCGGAGGCGGCUGAGGGAGGAGGAGGAGGCGAGGAGGAGAGAGGAAGAGGAGGAUGAAGAGAGAAGGGUGGCUCAGGAGAGAGAGAGGAUGGAGAGACAGUACAAGCUGGAAAGGGAGAGGCAGAAGUCGAACCAGCAGGCAGAAGAGCUGAAGAACCAGGAUGAGAAGAGUCCUCAGCAGACAUCAGAUAACAGAGCUGUGACUAAUCCUGAUGAGAGUCUGGAGGAGAAGGAGGUCGACAUUUUGCUCUCUUUGUACAAAGACACUGCUGUACAGACAGAAGAAGCUCCCUCUCUCCCUCUUCUGACUGAAGUCCAGCCCCCUCCUUCUCUGUUGGCUGCUGCUUCAAACAGCAGGAACCGAGCAGGGAGAGCAGGCAAGGAGAACAUCUGUGUGCCAGGAGGAGGAGGAGGAGGAGGAGAAGGAGGAGGGGGGGGGGACCCAUAUGAGGCGUUCGCUCGGACAGAGAGGAACAGUAAAGACAAGAGGAGGCCGGAGUGGAACACACAGAGGCCAAACAGGCGGUUCGUCCCUGCGUCGCAGCGUUACCCGGCACCUCUGCAGAGAAACAGACAGGAGAGCCGCCUGAAGAGACAGGCUGAGCUCCUUGCUCUGCAGGAGAGGACCUGUCUGUCCCGCACCGACCCUCCUCCUCUUCCUCUUCCUCCUCCUCCUCCUCCUCUUCCUCUUCAGGACCCCCGUCUCCUCCCUAACCCCACACAGACCAGAUCGACUCCUAACAGGAAGGUGGAGAGAGGACACGCCUCUGCAGCCGUCGGCUCCGACAGGGGUCGCUCUCCUCCCGUCCCUGCUGUCAGACACAGAAUCAAGGGUCAGAAUGCCCCGCCCCCUUCCACUCCUCUUCAUCCUCCAUCUCCUCCUGCUCUGGACUUCAUUCCUUACCUCCGGACUGAUGAGGUCUUCAAUAUGGAUCCACUGGAGCCUGCUGACACCCCUCCCCCUCGCACACACACAGAGGCUCCUCUUCAGAGCUCAGCGUCUCCUCCCACUCCCCCUCCUCCUCUUCAUCAUCAUCAGGAUCCCCUCCUCCACCCUGAACUACGACGCACCACACAAACACUCCGACAGCAGGAGAUACUCAGAGGCCUCGCACAGCUACGACAGGGUUUAUUACAGAAGCAGAGGGAGCUGGAGACGGAUCUGAAUCCUCUCCUGAAGCGACACGAGAACGAGCUGCGAGCGUCCUCUGUUUCACACCGCAUGUGACCCGUGACCCGUGACCCCCACUGUGAGUGUGCAUGAAGACACUGCAGUGUUUCAACCAGCAAUCAGAGAGUGAAACAUGCGGCAGUGUUCGACGGGGGUCUGAGUCGUCUGAUACUUGAAGCAGAAAGUUAAAUGUGCCACGAAGACGAGUUCGGAUCGCUGAUGUCUCACCUGGAGAUAAACUAAAAACUGACGGACUGCAGGAGAGAAGUUUUGUCUUGAUUUUAAGGGCUGGUGGUUCAAAAAGUUGAAUCUGGGGUUAGAUAAUCCAGUUAACUUUUGUUUCGGAAAAAUUCGACUAGAUUGACCUGAUCCAGACACAGAUUUUAAGGUUAUCACUGCUGUAAAUGGUAAUACACACUUUUGACCACAAGGGCAUCGCCAAAUCCAGCACAAACUGAAAGAUCCUCACUGUUGCUAGAAUUUAGACCUUAAUUUUGAGGACUAAAUCCUUUAUUAUUUUAUUAAUGACCCAUAUUUCAGCUUCUUUCAUCAUUUAACCCUUAAAGACCUAGACCAUUUUUGGGGGCGCCAGACUCUCCUGAAUUUAUUUUGAAUAUACUGAAUGAAACAAGUCCGCUGUAACUGAGUUUUUAAAGCUUGUUGAAAGGAUUAGCGGUUCAAAAGUUAUCAAACAUUUAAGAACAAGUAGCCGCCAGCAGCUGUCUAUGUCUUUGAGGGUUAAGGGAGCAAUUUCGUGAUUCAAGAGCAAAAUCUGAAAAAAACGUUGAUCCAGUCGUAACCCAGAGCACUUUUAGGAUCAGAAUAAUCCAUAUUUUUUGGUUCAAAUUUAUCUUAAUCCUACUCAAAAGUUUCGGACACUAGUGAAGGUUUUAUCUAGACAGGAUUACCUGAUGUGAUGGUAUCUUGUCAUCUUUUCACCCUUAAUCAACCUGUUUGCAUGAUUUUAUCCAAUCCUGUAGCUUUAAUCUGAGUAGAUUACGUUGCAACAUCUGAAGUCUGGGCCCAGCGUUCAACAGCAUGACUGCAUUUCUAAUCUUCUAUAAGUUUGUACAGCUGAAACAUCGGACUAUGUGUUCAGUCUGGAUGCACUAAAACACCCUCAUGCAGCUCAUCUUAACAUUCUAGAUAUCCUCACAGCGACACUAACCAGCGUUGACUUUAGCAUCUUAUUCCAAAAAAUAGAAACAAACUUCACUUUUGAAUCCGCUACACAAGUUUAAGCUUCAACACGAGCUCUUGAUCAAGUUUUUAUCUGACUGUUUCACUGCAAAGAUAAGAAAAAGAUCUUUAAAACAUCAUGCAAGAAAUGUUUUGGGUGAUUUGGCGCCCCCUACAGUUCCAGACUGCAAUCACCUUAGAGAAAUCCAGUCCCAGAUUUACUCUAUUCCAGUCUCUUUUCCUCUCUUACAUGAACAUCAUCUUCAGCCUUUUUUUCGGCGGCCAAGAUGUACCUGCAUUGUUUCUAACAGCCACCAGGGGGAGACUCACUUAGAAGUCCGGAAAACAUGACCCUGGUCUCUAGUUUUAAGUCUUUUUCAGCCAAACACAGUGUCUGUUUAAUACAUUUCAUUCACGUCCAUUCUCAGAAUAUGGAUCCAAGACCACUAAAAGAAGUGUUUUUCUGUAGAAGUCAUCAUCUUGACUAACAUAAAGUUGCAAUAAUCUGCAGUAAAACACACAUUUGAAGUUUGCUGCUGUGAAGAAUUAAUUCACAACCUCCUUUAAGACCCACUACACCACUAAUGAUCUUAAACGAGCAACUCUUCAGCGCUCCCUGCUGCUCCUUCACUGACUUUGUUCUGUACGCAGACACCGAGUGUAAAGAAUGUUUCCUAUGAUUUUUUUUAAAGCACUUUUUAAAGCCUCUGUACCUGCAGGUAUUAACUUUGACCUCUCUUCUUCUCCUGGUUGGAGUCUCAGCUGUUCUUUUUCUUUAAAUCAUGAUGAAAGCUGUGAUUGUUUUAGCUUCCUGCUGGCCGAGGAGCUCCACGUUUCUGUUUACAAUCUGUGUUGUCUUAUAAUUCUUUAUUUAUUGCAAAGGUAAUAAAUAAUGAUGAGUGUA